AUGUCAAAGGACAGCGGGCAGUGGAGUGUCCGACGACCCAGGGAGACCCUAGGCGGACUCGGCUUCAACUCAGGAAUUCCACACCCGAACUCAGCCAUGAAGCGAACCAGCACGAUCGGCGCCGCCGGCCCCUCGCACGCCCGCACCAUCUCCGGGUCGCGCCCCUCGCUGAUGCCGCGCCCGAGCCAACCGCUCUUUAAGCGAAGCUCCUCGUCCGGCGACGUCACCAGCUCCAUUGGCCUGGCCUCCGCCAAGCGCGCCUCCAUCUACAGCGCCAACACGCCCGCCGCUCUACGAGCAGGAUUGUCGUCGUCUGCCGCUGAUGCCGACCGUCGCGCUAGCGUCAGUGUCUACCGCGCGCGCCCGUCCGUUGCGCCAGGAGCCCUGGGCCUGGGCGGCGGCAUGGGCGGCCACCAGAGCUUCUUCCAGCAGGCGCCGCAGGCGGCGGGCGUACCGCGUGACCCCAGACCGCUGAAGGAUCGGGCUUAUCAGCAGAGGAUUGGCCAGGAGCUGUUGGAGUACCUAGCACAGAAUAACUUUGAGAUGGAGAUGAACUACAAGCUGUCGGACAACUUCAUCAAGUCGCCGACGCAGAAGGAUUUUAAUUACCUCUUUCAAUGGCUGUAUCGGCGCAUUGACCCAGGCUACCGGUUCCACAAGAACAUUGAUCAGGAGGUGCCGCCAUUGCUGAAGCAGAUGAGGUAUCCCUAUGAGAGGGGUAUCACCAAGAGCCAGAUUGCUGCCGUGGGUGGGCAGAACUGGAGUACGUUUUUGGGGUUGCUGCACUGGAUGAUGCAGCUGGCGCAGAUGCUGGAGCGGUACAAACUGAAUGAGUACAACGAUGCGUGUUUAGAGGCUGGCGUAGAUGUGUCUGGAGACCAUAUCAUCUUCGACUACCUGACCGCCGCCUACCAAGACUGGCUCAACAUGGAUGAGGACGUGCCGGAUGACGAGGUCGAUAAGGUGCUCGCGCCGCAUGUACAGGCCAUGGCUCGUGCCUUUGAACGUGCCAACGCCCGCUACAUUCAGGAGCUGGAAAUACUGGAGGCGGAGAAUCAGCGGUUGCAGAAAGAGAUCGAGGAUCUGCAGAAAAGCACGCCUGACCCGGCAGUUCUUGACAAUCACUACAAGAUCAUGGAGGAGGACAAGGUCAAGUUCGAAGAGUACAAUACGCUGGCGCAACAACGAGCAGAAAAGUACGAGGGCCGGAUCCAGGUCCUGCAAGAAGAACUGGAGAAGCUCGCAACCGAGCUCGAAGAGGCUGAAGAGGAAAAGCGCCGUCUUCAAAAAGCCGUCGACGACCAGGGCAUCAGCAUGCAGGAUAUUGACCGCAUGACUGCCGAGCGCGAGCGGCUGGCAAAGGCGAACGAACUGGCCUCCCAACGCCUAGAAGAUCUCAAGCGCAAGGUAACCGAAAAGGAAGCCGAAGCCAGCGAGCGCCUCGACGAACUCGAGCGCAUGGUCGACCGGUACAACACGGUCGCCUACCAAAUCGCACUCAUUCCCCCAACAGCGGUUAACGCCAAAGGCCAGAACUACGAGCUCCAAGUAACGGUUAAUGACGACGCGGGCGGCGACCGCCUCGUCGCCGACGCUACCACAGGCUACCAGCCAGCGCACAUCCUCAACCUGGACCUGCGCGGCAGCGUUAAGAACGCGCUGCUGGCGCUGCGCAAGGAGAUUUCGGAACGGCGCAAGGCGGCACUGGACGCCAUGAUGGAGGACCACGACUUGCUUGACCGGGCCAAGGAGGCCAUCGAGGACAAGCGGAAUGAGGUCGAAGCGCUGGAGCAUCGGGUUCGUGCUGCUGAGGAAGAGUACGAGCGGACCAAGGAGGUGACGACGGCGCAGAAGCUGGCAAGCGAUGCGCAGAUUGAGAAGAUGGAGAAGGAGUUGGCGAAGAUGAGGGCCCAGUUGACGGAGAGCGUGCAGUUGCUGGAGCAGAGGGAGAUGACGACGAAUAUUGAAUACGAACAGCUUACGCUCCGGGCCAACGCACUCCGCGAGGAGCUGCACACCGAGACGAUGCGCAUGCUUAACGACGUCAUCAAGUUCAAGAUGCACAUCCAGAAGGGGUUGGAGGAGUACGAAAGCUUCGUUGCAGACGAGCUGGAGAAGGAGUUGGGCAGCGAUGAGAUGCGUGAUGAUACCCAAGCCUUCGAGGCCUAG